AGAGUGGGAAGGAUAGUUGGGUGGUGGGGAGAACCAGUGAGAACAGAUGACUAUUCGCUGAUUUCAGUAUGCUCGGAAAUUUUGGUUUUGUAAUGUGUUCUCGUUUAUUUUUUUUCCGAACACAAAUGCACGAGCCACUGCUUGCGCUCUUCCAUAAUAGUUCCGUGGGGUAAAUGAAAUCGCGCGCUCGCUGUAGCAUGUAUCUCCACUCGACUGCUCACCGAAAGGUUCUCUUCCAUUAAUUGGCCUACGUAACUAUACUGAUAAUUAUGAAUUUACAAACGCUUUUCCAAGACUUCAAUCCAAGCAAAUUUUUGGUACAUUCAUGCUUAAUGAUAUUUACAUCUCUAUUCGCACUUCGAUUGGACGGUUUCAUAGAAUGGAGUUAUUGGUCGAUAUUCAGCCCGAUAUGGUUCUGGAAAGGUAUGGUUAUUUUGGGUGCUAUAGUAGGAAGUUAUGUCUGGUGGAGACAUCCACACGCAAGAUUGGAGGGAGAUGCCUAUGUGCAUUAUAAGGCAAUGCUGAUUACCUUGGCAUUACACUUAAUUCUACUGAUGUUCGAGCUAUUAGUAUGUGACAAGUUAGAGUCUGAAAGACACUUGUGGAUACUUGUAUUCAUACCUUUGAUAUUUAUCUCGAUAGUGUCAAUUGCUGUGUGCAUCUGGGCUGUCAAGCACGAUCGGUCAUUUGAACUCGAACUGUUCUGUGCGGUGAAUGUAUUGCAGUUCAUUUUCCUGGCUUUGAGAUUAGAUGGUUUUAUAACAUGGAGCUGGGAAGUUGUAUUUGUGCCAUUAUGGGCACUUCUUUGUUUAUCCUUGGUGGCUGUUUUAUAUGCAAUAGUAUUUGCUGCUGUUUUACUAAGAACGCCGCAAAUCAACGCCCGGCAGAGGCGGACCUCGUUGAAUUCAGCAUUAGCAUAUACGUUUCUUGUUGUCCCUAUUUUAGUGUUCCAGGUACUGCUAGCAAAUAAAUUGGAUGGAGAUAUUUCAUUGAAUUAUACAACAGUAGCGAUGCCACUGCUUGUGUCACAUAUGACCCUUAUUUUUAUGUCUUUUGGUGCAAAGGGUGGCAAUAGAUGGUGGUUUGGUAUCAGAAAGGAUUUCUGUCACUUUCUGUUGGGUUUGUGCCCGUUACUUCAAGAAUAUGGUAAUAUCUCGUAUCAGCCGAGGGACGAACGAGAUCAACCGCCAUCCGAGCCAAUGAUUUCGGAAAAGGGUGAAAAGCUCAUUAAGAAAAUCGACCUAAUGAAACCUGUUGUGCCUAUAAUCUCUAUAGACAUGCCUGACUGAUUGGCUCGAAGCAGGGUUUGUUCGGAUAUUUUACAAAUGUUAUCUUCAACACAACUGGCUUAUACAAAGCCGGAUAUCUUAUAUAAAAUAAGCAGGCCUUAUUAAGCAAAGAGACGGAAUUUUACGGAAUGCGUAUGUCAACUGGGAUACAAGACUGAGCACCUCGCAUCUCUAAGACUAAUAUUGUUGGAACUUCGGGAAAAUGUCGGGAGGAAAAGGGAGCGCGGGAUAAAAGUGGAUAUAUCUAGACGAGCGAUGUUGCUGUUAAAACGUUGCUGGACAUCAAUAUUUAAUGCCCAAUCAUUUAUUAUUAUGUUAUAAUGUAGAAAUAUAAUGUACAGACUGUUAUAUCACAAUAACAUUACGUAUAUAUAUACACAUAUAUAUAUAUAUAUAUAUAUAUAUAUAUAUAUAUAUAUAUAUAUAUAUAUAUAUAUAUAUAUAUAUAUAUGAUACCAUGGAUAUUGAAUAUUAUAUGCGUUUACCGUACAUUAUGACGGCAAACAAAUGCUAGUAACAUUGUUAUUUUAUAUACAUACAUGCAUAUACAUACAUAUACACGGCGUAUGUAUGUAUAUAUAACACUUCAAAAAAGUACUAUUAUAAUCUAAUAAAGUUUCUAUUUUUUGGUAUCAACAGCAACAAUCAAUUAAUUUCUAUGAUACUGUUAUUCGACAUCUGUAGCAAUAUCGCAAUACACAUGGUAUAUAUUGAGAUGUAUAUAGUAUAGUAUAUUUGUACAUAUAUAUAUCUCGAUAUUGUCUCUCUGAGACUCUGUUAUAACGAUCCAAGUGUUUCUAUGUUUAACAGCUUUACUACGAAUUAUCGACUGUGAAUGUUACAAACAUUACAGACAUGUGAACAAUUACAUACAUACAUACAUUGGAGCUAUUACUUUCGAUGUUCCGAGAUCUUGUAAUUUUUGUAACUUGUAAAGAGUAUUCUGUGAGAAAUAGAAUAGUACGUCGUGAACACACUAUCUUCUCGAUAUAUAUAUCUCAUUUGCGAUUGAAAUCUCUUCGCUGAUACUUCUUUAGGAGAGAUCACCAUAACGGCACGUACUCCGGCACCCACGUCCGACCGAGGAGCGACGACACAUUCGCUGACACUUUGGUGAUGUCGAAUUCAGCGUCUUCUAUUAGCGACGUUUCCGCAACGUGCAGCGCUUGAAGACGACGCGCGCAGAGUGCGACGAAUCUCGCCAGUCCGGAACAACUGUUCAACGAGAUGAAGAGAGUCGCCUAAACCGACGGCGCUGAGCUGCGCGCAACUUUUAGCCAUCGAAAUCAAGAAGCGAUCGAUCGGACCGGACCCAUACGCGGCGAUCACCAGCUCUAUCAGUCGCGGACACUGCUCGCUAAUCCUCGAUAUCGUCGCUUGCGACGGCGUAUCGCCGAGAUAGAGAUGCGUUACGGGAACGUGCGUCGUGAAUAACAAUUUUUGAUCGUCGUCGUCAGUCAUUACGAGAUUUAUAUUGGGCAGAUGAUUCGAGAAUGCAGACCAUGCCUUCUCGCUGAUGCGUGGAAGAGGCCUCACUUCCGGGUAUGCCUCUACUUGUAAGGUCUCCAAAUGAAUUUGUUUCAUCGAGCAUAACGCUAAAAGUAACUCGUCGCUCAAUAAGGAGUAUGACAGAGAUAAUUCGCGGAGCCAACGACAGUGGUCGGCCAGAACGAAGAUGCCUAAAAUAGGGUGAAUAAUCCUUAUGACACGAGCCGAUAGUUCGGUUUACCUUCGGGCGACAGCCGCAGAGAUCCUUUGAUUCGUAGAAGAUGCAACGUCUUGGAGCUCCUCUCGUCGUCACUGUCGCGACGUUGCUCCAUUCUUCUCGCCUUGGAGACCGUCACUGCGGAUUUAAAUCGCUCACCAUCGAUCUCGUCAAGCUCUGGUUCGAUUUCGCGCAGGAGUCGCAAGGCACUGUAUCUCAACGUGUGAGACUUCGCGCACUACCGUGAGAAUAUUCGUGAGACGAUGAUUUUGAGAAGCUGGUAGUAUCAUAUCCUUUCGCUCUGUCGUAGACCAUAGUCUUCCGCAAAACGAUCGGUCGGUCACCGGUGGCGGUGGUGCUAAAAAGCGAAAGGAACUCGCGGAAGUGGGGACUAGGGCAGACACGCGAGGAUACGUGUAUUAAGUAAAAGUAAAAGAGAAGAGGGUCAAGGACUUCGAGAUCUCCUAUCGAGUUUGAGGCUCUCUGGAGCCUCGUGCACUUGUGCACAGCAUGCUGUUCACGUGUGUGCCGCAUACCAUGAAGAAGCAACAUUACGAAGAAACUCCUCCAGCAGGGGAAAGCUACAGUCUCUCUCCUUGAGGAAUAUAUCCAUAUUGUUGGCCACAAGGAGAGCUUGCUUUUAAAUUUAAAUCUAAGUCUGUUAUAUAUUAAAGAAAUAGAGAUUGUACAAUGAAGAUACGAAAAACUUAUAUAAUAAGCUUCUAGGAAUAUCUUCGUUCUUAAAAAUUUCCAUUAAUUAAUUAUAAAUCAUUUAUAAUCUCCAUUUUUUAAAUAUGUAUUUAAGAAAGGAUACGCAUCUGCGAGCGGUAUAAAAAUAGAUUGUAUUUAUAGAAUGUUCUUUAAGACGACUUUUGGAAAUAAGCUUUGACGUUCGCAUAUUCCUUCAUUCUUAGAAAUUUCUAGUGCCAACUACGCAUUUGCAAGAUCUUUUAUGUGAAAAAAGUAUCGUGAUCUCUCACUUGCAAAGAAGUAUAAUUGUACUACAGCGUGUUCUUUAAGAAAGUGAAAAGAGACUUUCGCUUUUCUCUUUUUUUCUUUUCUUUUUAAACCUGCAACGAAACUACAAAGUUUCUUAGGCUGCAGUAUCUUUUCUUCAGAUCAAAUAACAUCGUAAUCAUUUACCGACUA